AUGGAAGAGCCUCAGAGCCGGGUUCCGGAACGUCUCUGUGGGGGAGUGGAAACGCUGAAGAUGCAGCCAGCUCGGUGUUCGGUUUCCUUCGAGGAGGUGGCCUUGCGUUUCACAAAGGGCGAAUGGGCACUGCUGAAUCCUGACCAGAGAGCUUUGUAUAGAGAAGUCAUGGUGGAGAACUAUGGGAAUGUGGCCUCUCUGGAAUCCAAAACAAUUCUGAAGCCGGACCUCAUCUCCUGGCUUCAGGAAAGUGAAGCACCAUUUCCCCCAGACCCCGAAGAAGAGGAGAGGCCGACAGGUAACAGCCAAGAAGAUGAGAAUUAUAGCGAGCGAUGUGCGGCGUCUCUCAAAAGGACCAGCCACGAGGUGGAGGAAAAGCCUUCCAGGAAUCCAGAACAGUCAAAGAGGCAGGAAGAAAGCAAAGUAGAGAAGUCAAUGAAUCAGUCUGUAGUUUUCCAGGCUGGCAUCAUCCCUGAAAAUUCACCCCAAAAAGAGAAUCGCAAAGGAAAGAGGAGGAAUAAACAUUCUGAAAGCGGAGAAGUCUUGAGAUGUGAAUCCAGCUUUUCUUCCCAUCAGAGAAUCCAUGCAGGGGCUGAAACAUACAAAUGCUUUGAAUGUGGGAAGGGCUUCAGCAGGCUCGUAAACCUCACUUCUCAUCAGAGGAUCCAUAAGAGGGAGGAACCAUCCAAGAGUUCAGACUGUGAAUACACUUUUGGUCUGAGUGAAGGUCUUACUUCCCAUCAAAGAACCCACACAGGGCAAAAACCAUGCCAGUGUUCAGAGUGCGGCAAGAGGUCGAGCUAUGACAGAGCUCCUACUUUGCAUCAGAGAAUCCAUGCAGGGGCUGAAACAUACAAAUGCUUUGAAUGUGGGAAGGGCUUCAGCAGGCUCGUAAACCUCACUUCUCAUCAGAGAAUCCACACAAAGGAAAAGUCGUAUGAGUGCUUAGAGUGUGGAAGGACCUUCAGUUGGAAAGCAGUUCUCAUUUCCCAUCAGAAAAUCCACUCAAAAGAGAAACCAUAUAAAUGCUUGCUGUGUGGAAAGAGCUUCACUCUCAGUAAAAGCCUCACUUCUCAUCAGAGAAUCCACACAAAGGAAAAGUCGUAUGAGUGCUUAGAGUGUGGAAGGACCUUCAGUUGGAAAGCAGUUCUCAUUUCCCAUCAGAAAAUCCACACGAAGGAGAAACUGUAUGCAUGCGUGGAGUGUGGAAAGACCUUCCGUUGGAGCACAGCCCUCACUUCCCAUCAGAAAAUCCACACAAAGGAGAAGUCGUAUGAGUGCCUGGAGUGUGGAAAGACCUUCCGNNNNAGCUCAGGCCUUCGUAUGCAUCAAAUAAUCCACACAGGAGAAAAGCUAUAUAAAUGUAUGGAAUGUGGAAAGAGUUUCCGUAGCAGCGGAGACCUUAAAUUACAUGAAAGACUCCACACAGGAGAAAAGCCAUAUAAAUGCUUGGAGUGUGGAAAGAGUUUCCGUGUAAACACAAGCCUUAAAUCACAUGAAAGAAUCCACACAGGGGAGAAGCCCUACAGAUGCCUGGAUUGUGGGGAAAGCUUCAGUCAUAGCUCAGGCCUUCGUAUGCAUCAAAUAAUCCACACAGGAGAAAAGCUAUAUAAAUGUAUGGAAUGUGGAAAGAGUUUCCGUAGCAGUGGAGACCUUAAAUCACAUGAAAGACUCCACACAGGAGAAAAGCCAUAUAAAUGCUUGGAUUGUGGAAAGAGUUUCCGUCUCAGCACGUACCUUAGACUGCAUGAAAGAAUCCACACAGGGGAGAAACCAUAUAAAUGCCUGGAGUGUGGAAAGGCUUUCUCCAGCGGCACACAGCUGACGGAACAUUAUACAAUCCACACCGGAGAGAAAAAAUAUAGAUGCAGGGACUGUGGGAAAAGAUUCAGAUGGAGAGGCUAUUUUAUAUCCCACCAAAGAACGCACAAAGAGGAGGAAUCCCAAGGCAUUAAUGCCGAAGUCAAGGCCGUGGAAGAGCCUCAGAGCCGGGUUCCGGAACGUCUCUGUGGGGGAGUGGAAACGCUGAAGAUGCAGCCAGCUCGGUGUCCGGUUUCCUUCGAGGAGGUGGCCGUGCAUUUCACAAAGGGCGAAUGGGCACUGCUGAAUCCUGACCAGAGAGCUUUGUAUAGAGACGUCAUGGUGGAGAACUAUGGGAAUGUGGCCUCUCUGGUAUUAAGCUUCCAGAAGGCCUUUACAGGCAAGAAUCUAAGUCUGGCAGAAGACCAGCCACGAGGUGGAGGAAAAGCCUUCCAGGGCUCUGAAUGUGGAAAAGGCUUCAGCAGGCUCGUAAGCCUCACUUCUCAUCAGAGAAUCCAUAAGAGGGAGGAACCAUACGAGAGGCAGGAAGAAAGCAAAGUAGAGAAGUCAAUGAAUCAGUCUGUAGUUUUCCAGGCUGGCAUCAUCCUUGAAAAUUCACCCCAAAAAGAGAAUCACAAAGGAAAGAGGAGGAAUAAACAUUCUGAAAGCGGAGAAGUCUUGAGAUGUGAAUCCAGCUUUUCUUCCCAUCAGAGAAUCCAUGCAGGGGCUGAAACAUACAAAUGCUCUGAAUGUGGGAAGGGCUUCAGCAGGCUCGUAAACCUCACUUCUCAUCAGAGAAUCCAUAAGAGGGAGGAACCAUCCAAGAGUUCAGAGUGUGAAAACAGCUUUGGUCUGAGUGAAAGUCUUAGUUCCCAUCAAAGAACCAACACAGGGCAAAAACCAUGCCAGUGUUCAGAGUGUGGCAAGAGGUCGAGCUGUGACAGAGCUCCUACUUUGCAUCAGAGAAUCCAUUCAGAGGAGAAAGAAUAUAAAUGCUUGGAAAGUGGAAAGGGCUUCCGAUGGAGUUCAAACCUUAGUGUCCAUCAGAAAAUCCACUCAAAAGAGAAACCAUAUAAAUGCUUGCUGUGUGGAAAGAGCUUCACUCUCAGUAAAAGCCUCACUUCCCAUCAGAGAAUCCACACAAAGGAAAAAUCGUAUGAGUGCUUGGAGUGUGGAAGGACCUUCCGUUGGAAAGCAGCUCUCAUUUCCCAUCAGAAAAUCCACACGAAGGAGAAACCGUAUGAGUGCCUGGAGUGUGGAAAGACCUUCCGUUGGAGCACAGCCCUCACUUCCCAUCAGAGAUUGCACACAAAGGAGAAACCAUAUGAGUGCUUGGAGUGUGGAAAGACCUUCAGUUGGAGCACAGCCCUCACUUUCCAUCAGAGAACCCACUCAGGGGAGAAACCCUACCAGUGCACAGUGUGUGGGAAAUGCUUCAGUCAGAGUCCACACCUUACUUCCCACCGAAGAGUCCAUUCUAGAGAGAAACCCUAUAAAUGCCAAGAGUGUGGGAAAGGCUUCAGUCAGAGCUCACACCUGAAGGUACAUCAAAGCGUCCACACGGGAGAAAAGCCGUAUAGAUGCUUGGAGUGUGGAAAGAGUUUCCGUGUAAACACAAGCCUUAAAUCACAUGAAAGAAUCCACACUGGGGAGAAGCCCUACAGAUGCCUGGAUUGUGGAGAAAGCUUCAGUCAAAGCUCAGGCCUUCGUAUGCAUCAAAUAAUCCACACAGGAGAAAAGCUAUAUAAAUGUAUGGAAUGUGGAAAGAGUUUCCGUAGCAGCGGAGACCUUAAAUUACAUGAAAGACUCCACACAGGAGAAAAGCCAUAUAAAUGCUUGGAGUGUGGAAAGAGUUUCCGUCUCAGCACGUACCUUAGACUGCAUGAAAGAAUCCACACAGGGGAGAAACCAUAUAAAUGCCUGGAUUGUGAGAAAAGCUUCAAUCAGAGUUCAAGCCUUAAUACACAUACAAAAAUCCACACGGGGGAGAAGCCCUAUAAAUGUUUGGAGUGUGGGAAGAGUUUUAGCAGCAGUUCAGAACUUAACACACACAACAGAACUCACACAGGAGAGAAACCAUUUAAAUGCUUGCAGUGUGGAAAGACUUUCUCCACCGGCACACAGCUUACAGAACAUCAUACAAUCCACACCGGAGAGAAAAAAUAUAGAUGCAGGGACUGUGGGAAAAGAUUCAGAUGGAGAAGCAAUUUUAUGUCCCAUCAAAGAAUGCACACAGGGACUGAAACAUACAAAUGCUCUGAAUGUGGAAAAGGCUUCAGCAGGCUCGUAAGCCUCACUUCUCAUCAGAGAAUCCAUUCAGAGAAGAAACAAUAUAAAUGUUUGGAAUGUGGAAAGAGCUUCCGCUGGAAUUCAAACCUCACUGCGCAUCAGAGAAUCCAUUCAGAGAAGAAACAAUAUAAAUGUUUGGAAUGUGGAAAGAGCUUCCGCUGGAAUUCAAACCUCACUGCGCAUCAGAGAAUCCAUUCAGAGAAGAAACAAUAUAAAUGUUUGGAAUGUGGAAAGAGCUUCCGCUGGAAUUCAAACCUCACUGCGCAUCAGAGAAUCCACUCAGGGGAGAAACCCUAUAAAUGCUUGAUGUGUGGAAAGACCUUCACUCACAGUACAAAACUCACUUACCAUCAGAGAAUCCACACAAAGGUGAAACCAUAUGAGUGCUUGGAGUGUGGAAAGACAUUCAGUUGGAGUACAGCCCUUACUUCACAUCAGAGAACCCACUCAGGGGAGAAACCCUACCAGUGCACAGUGUGUGGAAAGUGCUUCAGUCAGAGACCACACCUUACUUCCCACCGAAGAAUCCAUUCUGGAGAGAAACCCUAUAAAUGCCAGGAGUAUGGAAAAGGCUUCAGUCAGAGCUCGCACCUGACUUCACACCAAAGACUCCACACAGGAGAAAAGCCAUAUAAAUGCUUGGAGUGUGGAAAGAGUUUCCGUCUCAGUGUAUUCCUUACAUCACAUGAAAGAAUCCACACAGGGGAGAAGCCAUAUAAAUGCCUGGAUUGUGGGAAACUCUUCAAUCAGAGAUCAAGCCUUAAUACACAUCAAAGAAUCCACACAGGAGAGAAGCCAUAUAAAUGCAUGGAAUGUGGAAAGGGUUUUGGCAGUGGUCCACACCUUAAUGCACACAACAGAAUUCACACAGGGGAGAAACCAUUUAAAUGCCUGCAGUGUGGAAAAAACUUCUCUAGGGGCACACUGCUUAGAGAGCAUUAUACAGUCCAUACCAGAGAGAAAAAAUAUAGAUGCAGGGACUGUGGGAAAAGAUUCGGAUGGAAGAAUGCUCUUACUUUGCAUCAGAGAAUCCAUUCCGAGGAGAAAAAAUAUAAAUGCUUAGAAUGUGGAAAGAGCUUCCGCUGGAGUUCAAACCUCACUGUGCAUCAGAAAAUCCACUCAAAAGAGAAACCAUAUAAAUGCUUGAUAUGUGGAAAGAGCUUCACUCUCAGUACAGGCCUCACUUCCCAUCAGAGAACCCACUCCGGGGAGAAACCCUACCAGUGCACAGUGUGUGGGAAAUGCUUCACUCAGAGACCACAUCUUACUUCUCACCGAAGAAUCCAUUCUGGUGAGAAGCCCUAUAAAUGCCAGGAGUGUGGAAAAGGCUUCAGUCAAAGCUCACACCUGACUGUACACCAAAGAGUCCACACGGGAGAAAAGCCAUAUAAAUGCUUGGAGUGUGGAAAGAGCUUUCGUAUGACCACACACCUUAAAUCGCAUGAAAGAAUCCACACAGGGGAGAAGCCAUAUAAGUGCCUGGAUUGUGGGAAAAGCUUCAAUCAGAGCUCAAGCCUUAAUACACAUAGAAGAAUCCACACAGGAAAGAAGCCGUAUAAAUGUAUGGAGUGUGGAAAGAGUUUUGGCAGCAGUCCACAACUUAAUGUGCAUGAAAGAACUCACACAGGGGAGAAACCAUUUAAAUGCCUGCAGUGUGGAAAGAACUUCUCUAGUGGCACACGGCUGGCAGAACAUUGUACAGUUCACACUGGAGAGAAAAAAUAUAGAUGCAGGGACUGUGGGAAAAGAUUCAGAUGGAGAGAUCAUUUUAUCUCCCAUCAAAGAAAACACGAAGAGGAGGUUUCAUAG